GUGGUGGCUUUGGCCUUGAUCUCGGUGCUCUUCCUCCUCGCAGUGAUUCUGGCUGUUGCCCUGCGCCUGGGACGCUCCUCCCGCCCCGCUGCCUGGGGCUGCUUUCAGCCUGGUCUCUGUUAUAAGACUGGACCAGGGGUUUCUCCCAACUACAACCGGGGAACUUUGCCUUAUUCCUACAAUAUGUACGUUGCCUCUGAUUCUCAGAAAGCAAGGCUUAAUUUUCUCACUAGGACGUCAGAAAUGGGCCUCCAACAAGAACUCUCUAAUGAAGCUUCUUUGGUAAUAAGUUUCACUGAGGAGAAUAACAAAUUAAAUUCUCACACUGAUGAUUCUGCUCACGAAACGCCUAGGAAGAUGUCCCAUAAUAGGUGUUUUUUGGGGGUGGUGAUAUCAAAUUAGGUGCACUAAAAUUAUACGGUUAAAAUUACUUUGGAAACUUCACAUUCAUUUAAAAGCUCAUUGGCAAAACAAUACUGCUACAGAAAAUCUCAAGAAAGCGGCUCUGUAUGAAAAAUUUUUGAAAAAUACAAAGAAGUUGACUGAAAUUUCUAUUAAAAGGAACGCUGUAGUUUUUUAGUUGGCUCUACUUUCAUCCCUAUUUGAAGAACAGUAGGUGGAGCUAUUUAAGGUACAAAAACCAAAAAUCCUUCCUGGAGUUCAAGAUUGUGCAGUAAUUGGUUAGGACUCUGAGCGCCGCUGUUCACCAAUCAGGGAGAGAAAAACAGAGAUCCUGCUCGCCUCCUGCUUGCCCUGCAGGCGCCUGAAGCACAAAGCCCAGAUAGAAACUAACCAUCUCCAGAAAUGUGAAGAAACUGCUGGAUUCUGAAGACGGGGAAAACUGGUCCUGACUUUGGUGGUCUAGGGAAGAAUUGGAAGUAAUAUCCUCCAGGAAAGUGACGAUGAUUCCUGAGCGACUGCAUCAGGACUGCAAAGGGCUUGUCCUGCUGGGAGUUCUCCUGGGGAUUCUGUGGGAAACCGGAUGCGCCCAAAUUCACUAUUCGGUUCCUGAGGAGCUGGAGAAAGGCUCUAGGGUGGGAAACAUCGCCAAGGACCUGGGGUUGGAGCCCCAGGAACUAGAAGAGCGCGGAGUCCGUAUAGUCUCCAGAGGUAGGACUCAACUUUUCGCUCUGAACCUUCGAAGCGGCAGCCUAAUCUCCGCAGGCAGGAUAGACCGGGAAGAGCUCUGUAUGGGCGUCUUAAAGUGUCAAUUAAAUCUGGAGAUUCUGUUGGAGGAUAAAGUAAAAAUAUAUGGGGUAGUGGUAGAAGUGAUAGACAUUAACGAUAAUGCCCCUUAUUUCCGGGAAGAUGAAUUGGAAAUAAAAGUGAGUGAAAACGCAGCCACUGGGUUGCGGUUUCCUCUUCCCCAUGCUUGGGAUCUGGAUAUCGGGAAGAACUCUCUCCAGAGCUAUGGACUCAGUAGUAAUACUCAUUUCUCCCUGGACGUGCAAAGCAGAGCGGAUGGUAACAAGUACCCAGAAUUGGUUUUGGAGCGCGCCUUGGACCGGGAGCAGAAGGCUGUUCAUCACCUUGUUCUCACCGCCUCCGAUGGGGGUGACCCAGUCCGCACAGGCACCGCGCGCAUCCAUGUGAUGGUAGUUGAUGUGAAUGACAAUGCACCAGUAUUUGCUCAGUCUGAGUACCGCAUAAGCGUUCCAGAGAAUGUGUCCAUAGGCACUAAGCUGCUUCUGGUAAGUGCCACCGACCCUGAUGAAGGAGCCAAUGCGGAAGUGAUAUAUUCCUUCCGUUAUGUGGACAACAAGGCAGCCCAAGUUUUCAAACUAGAUGCUAACCUAGGGACAAUUUCAACAAUAGGGGAGCUGAACCACGAGGAAUCGGAAUCCUACGAGAUGGAAGUGCAAGCAGUUGAUAACGCAGGGUAUUCUGCACAAGCCAAAGUCUUGAUCACAGUAUUGGAUGUGAAUGAUAACGCCCCUGAAGUAGUUGUCACCUCUCUCUCCAGCUCCAUUCUGGAAAACUCUCCCAGAGGGACAUUAAUUGCCCUUUUAAAUGUAAAUGAUCAAGACUCUGGGGAAAAUGGACAAGUGAUCUGUUUCAUCCGAGGGAACCUGCCAUUUACAUUAGAAAAGUCUUAUGGAAAUUACUAUAGUUUAGUGACAGACACACUCCUAGACCGGGAACAGGUUCCUAGCUACAACAUCACAGUGACCGCCAGUGACAGAGGAAGUCCGCCCCUGUCCACGGAAACUCAUAUCUCACUGAAAGUAGCAGACACCAACGACAACCCGCCCGCCUUCUCCGAUGCUUUCUACUCUGCCUAUAUCGUGGAGAACAACCCUAGAGGAGCCCCCGUAAUGUCCGUGACCGCCUAUGACCCCGACUAUGGAGUGAACGCCCAGGUCACUUACUCACUGGCCGAGGACAGCCUUCCCGGGCCGCCGAUAUCCUCCUACAUCUCCAUCAACUCCAACACUGGUGUUCUGUAUGCGCUGCGUUCCUUCGACUAUGAGCAGUUCCAAGACUUGCAUCUGCAAGUGAUAGCACAGGACAGCGGUGACCCUCCACUCAGCAGCAACGUGUCUCUGAACCUGUUCGUGGUGGACCAAAAUGACAACGCACCAGAGAUCCUGUAUCCCACCAUCCCCACCGAUGGUUCCACUGGUGUGGAACUGGCGCCCCGCUCCGCAGAGCCCGGCUACCUG